AUGACGCGGUCGGACCGCAGUGUGGUAGGCUCCUGGGAGCUGCCCUGUGGAGCCUGGGGGCCAGAGCAGCGGUCACUGGGGGCCAGUGACCUAACCCUCGGUCACCACAGUCCCUGUGAGCUGAACUGGUGUGCGUAUGUAGUGACGAAGACAGUGAGCUGUAUGGUGGAGGAUGGGGUGGAGACCUACGUCAAGCCAGACUACCAUCCUUGUUCCUGGGGAAGUGUGCAAUGCUCCCGCGUAGUGGCCUACCGUACCUUCAUGAGGCCCAGGUACAAGACGACGUACAAGAUGGUGACGGAGAUGGAGUGGAAGUGUUGCCAUGGUUACAGCGGGGAAGACUGCAACGUGGGCCCCGUGGGGGGCUCCGGGACCCAGUUGUCCACCACCAGGCCCCGGCCUCGGCCUGGCCAGGGUGGGACCGGCACCGGACAGGGCGGAGGAGACAGUGGGCGAGGGGACAGCGACAAGAUGAGGCGGCUGGAGGAGAAGAUCCAGAGCCUGACCAAGGACCUGGACAACGUGAAGUCCACCCUGCGCGGCAUGAACGGAGGCAGCGGGGGAUCGGGCCACACCGGCAGCACGAGCCAGGGGGGAGGAGGAGGAGGAGGAGGAAGAAACCCAGCCGACGCCGCCCAGCCAGAGAUAAAGGAGAUGAUCAACAGCAUCCAGAACAAGCUGGACCAGCUGGAUAACCGCACCCAGGACCAUGACAAAACGCUUGUCAACAUCAACAACCACCUCGUGAACGGCAAGGGCAAAGAGCUGGAGGGAGGACUGUCUGGAGGAGGAGGAGGAGGAGGAGGAGGAGGAGGAGGAGGAGGAGGAGGCGGCGUGGAAGGAGGGAAGGGGAACUCCCUGAAGGAGGAGAUCCUGAGCGAGCUGGAGAGGAGGGUGUCUCUCUCCUGCUCCUUCUGCCAGGAAGGUGUGGAGAAUCUGCGGAACCAGCAGCGGGAGGACCGCGAGAGGAUCCGCGCCCUGGAGAAGCAGCUGACCGUGAUAGACUCCCGGUACCGCCUGAGCCUGGACGGGCUGCGGCGGGACGUGACGCGCUCCCAGGGCUGCUGCGACGGCGUCAGUGACCUGAAGAAGCGCCUCGCCGACGCCGAGCGUAAGAUAGCCGCCACCUCGGAGAAAUACGACGUCAUCCAGACCAAACUGGAUAAGGGGCUAGCUGGAGGAGAGGGAGGAAGAGGAGGAGGAGAAGGAGGUAGAGGCGUGGUGACGGAGGACCUGCUGGACGCGCGGCUGCGGGACCUGGAGCGGCGCGUCAACGGCUCGGCGCGGCAGACGGAGAAGAGCUGCUCCUUCGUGGAGAACGAGGUGAAGGACCUGCGGACGGUGUUCCUGGACCGCUUCGACGACCAGGGCUUCCGCAUCUCGGACGUGGAGCUGGACGUGGGCCUGGUCAAGGACCAGGUGACGGAGCAGGACGGGAGGCUGGCCCGCCUGGAGAACGCCACCGCCCUCGUCGGCCGCAGGAUGAGGAGCAGGGGGGGGGCUGCCGGGGGACUACCGGGGAUUGACGACACCACAGAGAUAUCUCUGGAGUGGAGGGUCUUCGCCAAUGAGGACAAGAUCCACCGCUUUAGCACCACCCUCAGGAACCUGUCUGUGUCCGGAGACUCUCUGUUCGACAAGGUGGUGGACCUGAGCCACGACGUGCGUAAGAUCAAAGCCCUGACGGGGGACAGCGGGGAGCACUUCAACCGCAUCGUCACCGAGAUCGAGACCCUGGGACAAGGCUGUGGGGACACGUGCAGCAGGGUGGAGGACGAGCUGCGCAGGCUGAAGAACUACACCCGGAACGCCCUGGACCGCCUCCAGGUCCACGUCGAGACCCUGCAGGGGGGCGGGGGGGCGACCCACCGGGGGGCUUGUUCCCAGGGCUGCUCCGACCUGCAGGAGGAGGUGGGCCGGCUCAGACAGGACGUGGAGAAGUGCACGCGACAGUGCAAGAACGGACCCGACACGUCCGCAGACGGGGGUAGCGGCGGCACGGGGAUUUCUGGAGGGGGGCUGGGGGGCGAGAAGCCCCUGGACGGCCACAGCGUGAUCGGGGGCACCCUGAACAACAACCACCUGAAGAGGCUGCAGGGCGAGCUCUCAGAGGUCCUGCUGACCUUCAGUUCCAUCAACGACACGCUGAAGGGCCUGGAGCACACCACGCACAAGCACGGCAGCGUCAUCACAGACCUCGGAAACACAAAGGACAAGAUCAUCUCCGAGCUGGACAAGAUCCAGCUGGAGGUGAACGAGCACAUCGAGGGGAGCCGCGACCGGCUGGACGGGAUGGACCGGGACGUGCGGCGCUUCGAGAGCACCCUGGUGGUGGAGAUGGGCGACUGCAGGCGGUCCGGCGACGGGCUGGAGAAGAGGCUGUCCAAGCUGGAGGGGGUGUGCAGCCGGAUGGACGGCGUGUCGGACUCCCUCCAGAGGAUCAAGGACGGGCUGAACAAGCACGUGACGGGCCUGUGGAGUUGUGUGAGCGGCCUGAACUCCACCGUGAUCGCGCACGGAGAAAUCCUCGACGACAUCCAGAACGAGCAGCUGGACGGCAUCCACGGCAACAUCAAGAACCUCAACUCCUCCAUCAACCACGUCCUCGACGCGUUCCAGAGCUUCUCGGAGAAGGAUCUGACCGGUGCUGUUGUGCUGCACAGAGGCCCGCCAGGACCCCCCGGACGCCCAGGAGAGAGAGGCUUCACCGGUCAGCAGGGUGGCAAGGGUCCCGUCGGUCCCCCUGGGAGAGUGGGAGACUACGGACCAAGGGGAUCACCAGGUCCCAAAGGUGAAGCAGGAAUGCCUGGGGCCGAUGCCAAUGUGCCCAAGCUGUCCUUCUCUGCCGCCCUCACUAAACCCAUCGAGAGACCCGGCACCAUCAAAUUCGACACCAUCUUUGUCAACGAAGGAGACUUCUACGACCCUUCGACAGGCGUGUUCACCGCUCCCGUGGACGGCCACUACUUCUUCAGCGCCGUGCUGACGGGCCACAAGAACGAGAAGAUCGAGGCAGUGCUGUCCAAGUCCAACUACGGCAUGGCCCGCGCCGACUCCGGUGGCUACCAGCCCGAGGGCCUGGAGAACAAGCCGGCGGCGGAGGCCCGGACGCCACCGGGCGCCCUGGCCGUGUUCAACGUCAUCCUGCCGCUGCAGGCCCAGGACACGGUGUGCAUCGACCUGGUGAUGGGCAAGCUGGCCCACUCCACGGAGCCCCUCACCAUCUUCAGCGGGGUCCUGCUGUACGAGGACAUGUGAGGGGAGGCCCCCCCCCCCCCCCCCCCCUUGGAUCACAGAGAGGUCACCUUCCGCGAGGCUGUUCCCCUCACACUCUCCUUCCUGUGAACUUGCUUGUUGAAAGGAGAUGGAGGAGAGACGAGGGAGAUGAGAGACCUGUGUGGACUGCAUGUGUGGAAGAAGAAUAGAGGAGAAGAGGAGGAAUGAAUGAAUGAAUGGACUUUUUUUUUGCGACUUGUGUUUCGACGUUGACAACCGGAUUUAAGAGAGGAGCGGAAAAAAAAAAAAAAAAAUGUUACAAAAAAAAAAAUGAACUAAAACUAAACGACGAAGCCAGAGAAUGUUCAGAAAAAUAACUUUUUUCAAUAUUAAAUAUUGAAAAUAAACAGGAGGAGGAGUCCACUGCCUAAAUUAUUACAUCACUUCCUUUGUCUCGUUCCUGGCUCUCAGAGUGGUGAUGAACGUGAUGGAAGCACAUGAACUGCUUGACUACCAGAUAAACGCUUAGAACUGAGCGAAGACUUUUACCCGUCCAUAAUCAAAUCGACUGCGUUGCAUUUCUCGAGACAUGCUCACCACACAGAGUUGUACUACUGCAGAAAGAUGUAUGUUACUAUAACGGUGCCUCAUUUUAUAUAAAUCACUAUGGACAAGAGCUAGGCUUACGGCAAUGGCUUUAUGCACGAAAGCCCAAAGUCUUGAUGACUAUGUACCUGUUUUAGCUGCCAAGUGAUUCCCUGCCAAAGAGCCUGUGUCCAUAGGCUUUCAGUUGAGAUAAUAAAGAAUCCUCUAGUGCCUUUAAACACGUAGCAAUUGAUUUUGAGACGUGACCCGACUGUAGAUUCUAUGGCAGAAUUCCUUGGAUUGUGUCUACUGGGAACUUUGUUUUUGAGUUAGCAUUACUGAGAAGAGGCUAUGCAAAUACUGACGAAAUUGAAUGCAAUAGCGCUCUAUUAAUGCAAAUGACAGUAUUUGCUACGGAAGAGAAAGGACAAUAUUGUAUGGAGAGCAAACCGUGUGCACAUAGCUUUACACAUUUUUGCUAGAGAGAUGAAUACACCAAUCAAGGUCAAAGGACAAAGUUAAGCCAAAGUUAAGCCAAAUGUCUUGUGUGUUGGAGUACAGCAGCCAGAUGUGAAGAAAUGGUGACUCCUAUUUCAGCUUUUUUAACUCGUGUUAUUCUAUUUGGAUGAAUUCACAUUGUGAAUGUUUUGUUUCUGCUUUAUAUCAAAGUGCACCUUUCUUUCUCUUUUUUUUUAAUUUUUUAUAUCUUUCCAUGUGCCUUUCACCACAAAAAGUCCAAUGUAAAGGAUUUAACAGUUUUGAAGAUUUGUCCAACCUCACCACAAAAUCAUGCAAACACAAAAAGAUGUCUGACAUGUACUCAGUGUGGCCCUUGAUUAUAAAAACAGACAGAGAAUAUAAUUUCAAGACUCAUAAGACACCAUCUUGAAAUAAACAUUAAUUCCAAUAAAAAUAAAAAUAUUCUAUGUUACAAUCAACGUUUUAUUCAUUGUUUACCUCCCUCAUAUAUCUGGGCCAUAAUUCUUUUCAUCUAUUCGAUUCACUUUUUCAGCUUGUCUGUUUAUAAAUCAGUGGAAUAAAAUUAUCAGUUUCAAGCCCAAUUUUACUUCAUACAGAUGUUCUCCCAAGUUUGACAUUUGAAGAAAAGGCGCUAGAAAAUUGGUAUUUCAUAUUAGUACUGUAAUAUUAAACAGUGCUUUGUUUGGAGUAUGGUAAGCUAGUGAACUAUUAGUUUGACAGCCACAUGGAAGUGUCCAAGUUGAUAUGCUUGCCAGUCGAAACCAACGCAACAGAAAAAAACAAGUCAAAGAAUACACCCAAAGAAGGGUUUCAGUCUACAGUCCCCAGAGACAGAGUGACAGUGGAGGGCACGGAGGAGUCAGCCAAUCAUAAACACAGUACUCUGCUUUCAUAUAAAAGAUCCACAUUAAUGGAGGGAAACUGGGAGUGUUUACACAGAACAGUUAAAAGGGCACCCACUGCAGACUGCGGGGAGGGGAGGGGAGGGGAGGGAAGCAGGGAGGCUAUUUGUCUUUUGGCUUGUUGAUUCACAUCAGGGGGCAGUACAACCACCUCCCGGUAGACUUUGUCAAAUGUUAUUGUGCGAUUAAUGCGUUGCCCUGUUGUUUAUUUGACCCCCUCUGAGCAUUAGAUGGGUUGGUAUUGUCACAGCAGGACCGUUUACUAAGUCUCGCCUCGGUGGAACAAUUGCUGGAAAUGUAUCGCACUGUCAACCAAAUAAACAUUUCAAUGUCAUUUUUCAUUAACAAUUGUUUCCCUGAAUGCCUCAAAUGCAAUCGAUCUUCUGCCCAGGGCCGUUUCUGAGCUGCUGGGGGCCCUAAGUGACAUCGCAACUGCCCCCUUUCUACAUUCUUAUAGAUUCUGGAAUAUGUAUGAAGAAAAAACAAACUUAGUUGCUUUCGUAUUUCCCCACCCAAACCAUUGUGGUUUUAGGGUCAAACAUGUAUGGGAGUCUGGGGAAAAUCUGAAUUGUUGCUCAAAGGCUUAAUUUUAACACAUUUCAGAUUUGCUCUAAGGAUCCAAAUCACAAAAAAACUAAAAAGUUGUUGAAACAGGGCCCCCUGGUGGCCUUGAGGGCCCUAAACCAUCGCUUGAACCAUUUAUAGAAACGCCCUGUGUCUGCCUCUGGCCUUUUGUCUCCCCCUCACACACGACUAAAUUUCCAGGACCAAUCAAUGGCGUGUGAUUCGGCCCCACCGUGAAAUUACAUCAUUUAAAAAGAAAACGACAAAAAUGUGAAAAUAUCAUAUUUUACUGCAAUCAUGAGACAAUUCAACUAAUUCGAAGGGGCUAUUAUGUGGGCCUCCCGCUUGGGAGUCCAGCUCUGUCUUACUGUACAUUCUCAGGGGUCUCUUGUGUUGUCAGCCCUUAGUGGAGCAGUAAUCACAGUGCUGCCCUGGAUGGACCGUCAAGUCUGAGCGAGGCGCGUUCGAUUGCAGUCAUUACAAUGGGAUGUUAUUUCUGGAUCCAUCCAUACCUACAUUCAUACGUAAUCUCUGCCUUUGUGUCAUCGAAGUGAAUCAUUUGAGGGUGUUUCAAUGAAGACCGGUCAGGCUAUAUAGGAAAGUUAUGAGAAUUGGGUUCAUUCGGAGAGAUGCAUCGUAUAUGCAUCAGUUUGGAGGCUACAUACUCAUCCAUUAACUCAUUAAUUCAUUUAUUCAUGCAAUGGUUAAAUGACUCAAGGUGAAACGUUGUAGUCCCUUCUCAAAGGUGUUUGGGUAUGUCAGAAUCUCCAUACAGACUAAUGAAGAGUCAGUUCUUCUCUUUAAGAAGCACCAGCUGGCUGUGCUGGUCCUGCUGGGGUCUUGAGGCACUGCUGAAGGUCCUUCUGCUGAUGACUUUCACAGACAAUGGAAAUGGAGUCCGUCAUAGUCUGGCAGAGCAGACUUUUCAUCGUUUCAGUUUUCAGCAAUCUUGUAAACGCCACACAUGCUACAUCGCAUUUUCAAUGCGUACCUCCCUGAAACAUCUUUAUCUUCUUCACAUUUUUUUAUGAUGAUGUCAAAUUUGGGCCUAUGCCAUUUUAAUGACAUAUAUAUAGAUAUGAAACAAUAGGUUAGAGGAGAUAAGGACUUGGUGACAGUAAUGUUGGAGCAGUGCCUAGCAAGCUCACUCCAGAGUUUGACUACUUGAGAGAAGAGACCCUACCAUACGAGUUUUAUGUUGAGUUUGAUGGUUGAGUAUUGCGUGACAUCUGCAUUACUUUCAUUGUUUCAUUGUCUGUUUCGUGAAAUAGUGCUUUAGUAAAGAACUUCACUCUUAUUUGCAACAUGUGUGUCUCAAAUAAAUCUAUUAUAACC